AUGAACCAAUCAGGCACCAGCCAGAGAGACACUAGUAUGAACCCACUGGACAUGAACCAACCAAGCACAAGCCUACCUGACAUGAACCAACUAGGCAUGAGACAACCAGUCGUGAGUCAACCAGGCAUGGGCCAACCAGGAGUUAGUGAACUAGAAAUGAGCCAGCCAGGCCUGAUGCAACCUCGUGUGAAGCAACUCUUCAUAAGCAAAUUAUACAGAAGCCACUGUAGCGCAAGUCAACUAAGCAUGGAGCAACUAGACCUGAGUGAACCAGGCGUGAGUCAACUGCAGCCAAACCAGAGCCAGUCCAUCAUGAUUGAAUCAGGUAUGAAGCAACCACACCUGAGCAAACCAGGUAUGAGUCAACUGCAGCUAGGCCGGAGCCAAUCCAACCCGAAUGAGCCAGGUAUGAAGCAGCCACACCCAAGUAAACCAGGCAUGAGUCAACUGCAGCCAAACCAGAGCCAGUCCAACAUGAUUGAACCAGGUAUGAAGCAACCACUCCUGAGUAAAUCAGGCAUGAGUCAACUGCAGCUCGGCCUGGGCCAAUCCAUCCCAAGUGAACCAGGCAUGAAGCAGCCAUACCUGAAUAUAGCAGCCAUGAGUCAACUGCAGCUAGGCCAGAGCCGAUCCAUCCCAAGUGAACUAGGUAUGAAGCAACCAGGCCCAAGCCAAUCAGGUAUGAGGGAACCGGCCAUGAGGCAACCAAACAUGACAAGCCCAAGCCAACCAUGCAUGAAGCAACCAAGCACGAACUUUUUCCAAAUAAGAGCUGCAGAGUCUCGAGAUUGCAUAAGAAUUCUGUACCUAAUUCAAGAAUCGGCUGCCUUUGAGAACAUGCCAAAUGUAGUGAAGUUAACAGCAAAUGAUUUGUUCAGAGAUGGCUUUGGGGACAAUCCCCUUUUCUACUGCCUGAUUGCGGAAGUAUUCAAUCCAAAAAUACCAUCAGGCAAAGCGACCGCUGGGUUUGCCAUGUACUACUUUACAUACAACGCCUGGAUUGGCAAGUUACUUUACGUAGAGGACUUCUUUGUCACCGCGUCCUACCGAGGUCUAGGUAUUGGAGCUGCAAUACUGAAGAGGCUUAGUCAGAUAGCCCUCAGAAGCGAAUGUAACUGCAUGCACUUCCAUGCCAUCGUUUCGAACGAGGCUUCUCCUGACCGCUCCAGUUGUCAAGGAACCGCAGACCUUUUCUCCCGGGAGGGCCGCUAUCUGUUCAGGAUUAACAAGGAUAAACUCCUGUACCUGGCAGGGGAACAGUGAAAGAGCCCUCAUCACAACUUGUCCCAACAUUUAAUGUCUCCUGCCUCCAAGAGCAGUUUGACUUUGAGUGU